UGAACUUUGAAUAGGUAGAAAACUGUGCUGCUCUCCCCCACCCGCUGCUAUCUUUCAGCCUUAGCCACAACUUAUCUUCCCGGCUUCCCUCACUUGUAUGCCGGAAGAGAGUGUGCAGCCAUGGGUCUCCCGGAGCCGGCUGGGCCCUUGCUGCUCUCCCUCACUGCUAUCCCUGUGUCGUAUGUGGUGAAUUCCAUGAGUGCAGCCUCUGACCCAGUUGCUAUAGCUGCUCUCGGAGUGCUAGUACUUCUGUCUUUGCUGGUCCUGUUAUAUUACUUUGCACAAGGAAACCCUCCCCAGGACCCUCUGUUUUAUGUUUUUGCGAUUUUCUCCUUCACAAGUGUUAUUGACUUAAUAAUAUGGCUAGAAGAAGAUGGCUACAUAAAGGGAUUUAUGGAGUUUUACAUGAAAGAGGGGGAGCCAUACCUCCGCACUGCGCAUGGAAUGCUCAUUUGCCUGUGGGAUGGGACAGUGCAUUACCUGCUCUACUUGGCUAUGCUGGCAGGAAUUGCUCGUGGGACAAACUACAAAGCAGUUGGACUUUUUUGGUUGGGCUCUCUACUCAUGAGCAUGGUGGUGUUUCUGCCUGGGAAUGUGAUUGGAAAGUAUGGCACUGAAAUCCGUCCUGCCUUCAUUCUUAAUAUUCCAUAUCUAUUUCUCCCUGUAUGGGCUGGAAUAAGGAUAUUCAGAGAAAGUCAUGCUUUUCCAAAGUUUCCUGCUGAAAAGGUGGAGGCUGCACAAAGUAAAGGAAUCUUUGAGCGACCUGUAGACAUGGCUCUGAUUCUAUAUCUAUUAGGUGCCAUUGUUUUCACUCUUUUCAGGGGCCUGCUGGUCUUGGAUUGCCCUACGGACUAUUGUUUCACUUACAUCUACCAGUAUGAGCCAUACCUAAGGGACCCAGCUGCCUAUUCUAAGGUUCAGAUGUUGGUCAACAUGUUCUACCUGCUUCCAUUCCUGUGUGUGUCCAUCUAUGGUCUUUUAGUUCCCGGCUGCUCAUGGAUGCUGGAUUGGACUCUCAUAUUUGCUGGUGCAGUAGCACAGGCCCAGUUUGCUCACAUGGGAUCAUCAGUGUACCACAGAACAUCAUAUACUUAUCGUGUCCCUCAAGAAUCAUGGUGGGAAUUCAUGAUUCUUAACGCUGCCUACACUUUGGGAAUGCAGAUGUUGGCCUACCGCUGCCUGCGGAAUCCACAUUUCUUCAUAAAAGGAACAACAGAGACUGUAGAGGAAGGCAAGAAACAGAACUGAGGGUGUGCAACAUGUUC